AUGCGGGUGGAGGUGGAAGUGGCGGCGUCCGGCAGCGCCACGAGCGCCGCGUACGUGUCAUUGAAGACGUUCAGGAGCUUGGAUGCGUCGUGGGGGUGCUAUGCAUCGCUGCAAUGCUGCGAGACCCAUCGGCCACGCGUUUUUCGAUUGGAAAUUGAUGAAAAACUGACGGAGGACGGAGCUGCGAAGGUCCGCAUUGACCACUGGCCGGAGGACAGAGCGGGCGGAGGCGUAGAAGGCUGCAGCAAUGCAGUGGAGACAGGAGGUAAAAUGGAGAUGGGGUGCGUCCCGUCGUCGGCGGUGAGAGUGGUGCAGUACUUGACACUGGCGCCCGCCAGUGACAACCAGCCGAAGCUUGCACUCCCGUUCGUCAGGAGCUUGCUGCGUAGGCGGAUUCUCGCCGGACGAACUGGCAUCAUUGCUCUACAAAGUGACGGAUUGGAUUAUGGCGAAUGGACGUACGAAGCUUAUUUCCGUGGUCGCAAUAGGGAGGACGCUGAUCUACUGUACGACGGUGGAGUCGUGACGGAUAAAACUCUCGUACUGGUGUUCCCGUCCGCUUCGACUGCACCGACGAGUAGGAAAUGGAGCUACCAGCCUGUAGGCGUCCACGCGAGAGGGUUCAAAGAACUGGUGGCGAUGGCACUUCGUGGAGUGGAUCGCGAUUCAGAUGAAGCGGCGAAGGCUAUUGCUGCCCCUCACUCGUUGCUGUUGCAUGCACCGAAUGGUGCCGGCAAGACCACGUUGGUGCAUCAGAUUGCGGAGGAGCUUGGGGCGAACUUGCUUAUGCUAGAUGGAGGCUUGCUGGCCUCCCCACAACUGAAGCUGGAAGACUUCUUUUCGGUUGCGCUGCGGAUUCAACCGUGCGUGUUGCUGCUGGAGGAUCUGGAGCUGCUGUUCCCGAUGACACUUGACGAGACCAAGUAUAAACUUGUCUGUCGCCUCGUGAACUGCCUUGAAAGCAUUCAGAAGUCGGAGUCUGUUCGUGUUGCUGUCAUUGGAACCGUAUCAGUCCUUGCUACUUUGCACUCGAAAGUGCGGCAGCUUCUCACCGAAGAAGUUUUCCUCGAUGUUCCUGACAAGCAAUGGACGCUGGGCUUGCUAACGUCGCUACUCCCGUCCUCGAAUGCACUGCGACCCGAAUUCUUGAUGUCUUUGGCUGUCCGGUACGGGCAGAGGCCCAGCAAUAUUGCUGCGAUCGCUCAACAAAUCUGCAUGCGGUUGCCACAAAGCGGCAGCGAAGACAUCAGUGUCACCCUGCUUGAGUCGGAAAUCGCCGCUGCUGCACGCGAAAUCUCAAGUACGAGCCAUGGCGCGGAUACUCUCAGUUCCUCCGUGCCUGACGUAUCGUGGGACGACAUCGGCGGCCUAGAGCGCGUCAAGCAAAACUUAAUUGAGAUGGUCGUGUGGCCACUGGAGAAGCCGCAUGUCUUUCGACGCAUGGGGAUCUCACCGCCUUUGGGUAUGGUGCUACACGGGCCUCCUGGUACAGGAAAGACGAUGCUCGCAAAAGCAACAGCCAAGGCAAGUGGCUGCAACUUUCUGAAUCUGGCAGCUAGCGACCUCAUGAAGGCUGAAAUUGGCGAGAGUGAGAAGGCUAUCACGCGCGCGUUCGACACGGCUCGCGCACUGAGUCCUUGUAUGAUCUUCAUUGACGAAUUCCAGUCACUCUUUGGCAAUCGGUCGACUGCCGGCCAAACAACGUCUAGGAUGAUCUCCCAGCUUCUGAUGGAGCUCGAUGCUCUGAAGGCUGUAUCUGAUGACAACGAAAUUCAUGGAGAUGCUGCUGCAUCUUCAGCAAUGGGCAGUAUUUCGACAGGCCGGAUAUUUGUCCUCGCUGCAACGAACGCUUUGUCUGCAAUUGAUCCAGCAUUCCUCCAGCCAGGCCGUUUUGAGAAUGUCGUCCACGUUGGUUUGCCCAACGCCAGCGAGCGCAAGGCCAUCCUGGAGAUCCAGCGCAAUAAAAUGCCGUGGAGCCAAGACGUCAACCUCGCUAAACUCGUGGAGCAAACCAACGGUGCUAAUGCGGCGUCAUUGAUCGCGUUGUGCCAGUCUGCAGCAAUCCAGGCCAUGCAACGGAUACCACCGAGCGCCGCAGUGGACGAGCAGUGCAUUGCAAUGAACGACUUCGUCGCAGCGUUGGCGAAAGGCAACUUCGAUUUCCAAGAUCCCGAGCAAUAA